AUGGCCUCGAGAGAAGCCAACAACUGGUACGCUAAAGAACCCCCCUCACGCUUCAUCGGCUCAACCAACGAUGUUCUUCCACCUAACCAUCCCGACGUCGACCUCACCAAAGAUGGACAAACCUGCCCCGUGGUAGGCGCCACCACCGACCACCACCACAACCUCCACAAGCACCCCUCAGUCCCCAUCCCCGAGCCCAAGUCGCCCCUCGCGACCGAGUGCCCAGCACUGAAGAACGCGGUCCAGGAGCCCAAGAGCCAGGCCAUGGACGACGCUAUUUGUCCCGUGGUCGGGACCGCUACUACAAUUCUACCCCCCGAUCACCCCGAUACGACCAAGGCGAAAGAGGGCGAUGUAUGCCCAGUGACGAAGGCGACGGUGGAACACCACAAGGAGAAGGUGCAUACGCAUCCCAGCUUGCAGGCGGCCAGUGAUGUGGCUGUCUGCCCUGUCACGGGACAACAUGGUCCCGCACAUGCGUAG